GAAGAAGAAGAAGAAGCAGCGGGCUCGUGAGAGGAGGGGGCGAUUUCUCUUUCUCAAAGAGUCCACAGUCCUUUUCGGAUGUGUUAGACCUAUGUCUAUUCCGUUCAAAUUUUUUUUAUUUAUUAUAUACAUUUCAUUUGGAAGACCCCCCCCCCAAUUUCUCCCCGAAAUAAAACACAACAUGGAAUCGAAGAUGGAGUAACUCAAGACUCUCUAUUUUACCUCUUCUUGUUUUACCUCAAUUUAAUGGACCGGAUGAUUUCCAAGUCAAACUGUGAUUCCCACAGCUUUGCAGGGGAGGUAGCUGUAUCCAGUGAGGUGGGAGGCGUAUCCAAGGGUGAAUAUGAAGUUUGCCGAACCCUUGGAAAGCCAGAGGCUGUCUUUUCUUUUGGAAAAGGCCGCCUCUAGGGAAGCCCUGAUGUGGAAGGUGUACGUGCCCAAAAAGCCAUCUCCCGGCAGUCAGGAUACAGACAUCUCCCCUGCCCAGCGUGAUGAGGCUGUGUGCUGGCUCAUUAACCUCCACAAUGACACCAAGCUAUACCCAGAGACCCUCUCCCUAGCCAUCAGUAUUUUGGACAGGUUUUUAGGCACUAUAAAGGCCCGUCCAAAGUAUCUCCGCUGCAUCGCCAUCGCCUGUUACUUCCUGGCUGCCAAAACCAGCGAGGAGGAUGAGCGUGUGCCGUUGCUGCGUGACUUGGCCAGCAGCAGCAGAUGUGGCUGCUCCCCAUCAGAGAUACUGAGAAUGGAGAGGAUCAUUCUGGAUAAACUCAACUGGGACCUGCACGCUGCAACUCCGCUGGAAUUUCUACACAUUUUCCAUGUCAUGGUGCUGUCCUGCAAGCCACGGUUCAUGGUGGGUCUGGUGGGGUGUAACCCGGCGCAGCACCUGUCCGUGUUGACCCAGCAGCUGCACUACUGCCUGGCUGACAGCGCCCUGCUACAGCCCCUCUCCCGGGGAUCCAUGCUGGCGCUGGCCCUCAUCACCCUGGAGCUGGAGAAUAUCUGCCCUGACUGGCUGGCUCUCACGAUCAACCUGCUCAGGAAAACACCGAUUGACAGUUCUCAGCUGAUCCGAUGUCGAGAGCUGGUGUCACGUCACCUGUCCACACAGGAAGCUUCCCUGCCUCCCAACACUGUGUACAUCUACCAGUCCCUGCACCACAGUCUGGACCCGGACCCCUGCACCCGGGGAAGAGAGUCCGACACCAGGCUCCCAGACACAGACCCACCGGCACCAUCCACGGCCCCUAGGGACAGGAGCCUCUCCUGGGUCUCCUCUACCACCCUGCUCCAGGUCCAUGGACCACCCAAACCCAGCCACCACUCCCACCAAGUCUCCCUGCGCUGCAAGCACUCAGCCAAGCGCAAGGUGAGAGCUUGGCUGCUUCAACAACCGGAGUGGAGGAGAUGGAGGUCGACGAAUUCUACGAGGGGAUCAAACGACUCUACAACGAAGAGAACGGGGGCGCUCCGGAAGGGACGGCGGUAACGGGGGAGGAGCCUCUAGAGGAGAGUCCUGUCCUAUUGGUCAGGAGGGAGGGCCACACCUCCCCCUGCCCCCCUCUCCAACCCGUCAGUGUCUCAUAGAGAAGAAGAGGAUGAAACCAAGGCCUUCUCUUCCUCUCUACCUGAGCUGCAAGGAAAAUAAGUCUCAGUAUUCAAUCUGUCACAUGGCAUUUAUCCACCAACCCCAGGCCUCGAUUGAGCCCCAAAAAAAGUCCCCAAAAAAAUAUGCUAUUUCAUAACUAUUUGUUGAGCACAAAUAUAAAAUGAUAAAAAAAUAUAAAUAUAAUAUAAUGAUAUAAAUAUUAUCCUUAAAAAAAAAAUAGGUCAAAUUACUACUUCUCCCUGUGAGUCUCUGUGAUGAUAUUUCUCUACGGUCAUGUCAUUUUAUUUCUGUUUUUUGACUAACUAAUCUAAGUUUCAAUCAGUAUAUUUAUUUUCUUUACCUUCCUCUUUUCCUGAAAUAAAAAAUCAUUCCCAGCACGUUGUCUUUAACCCCUCACAAAACACGUUAAGAGUUUGACUGUAAAAGUGUGUAGAACUAUGUUAACCUGAAGUACAUAAUGGGUUUUUUUCACGUUUAAUAAUGGAAAUAUCCCCUUCCACAACUUUCCUGUCUUUGUCCCAUCACAGUGUGCUGUAGUAGUUUAACCAAAGAAUGAACAUUUACAAGCUACUGUCAUUAAUGACGAUGCAUAAGUGAAUCAAUUUACCCGAUCAAGCAAUAUGUUUUAAGAUAAACAGCUUUGUUAAAAGAGUGUUUAUCCCAAGUGGCACCCUAUACCCUACAUAGUGCACUACUUUUUAGUAGAGGCCUAUGGGGGAGAAAUAGGGUGACAUUUCAGAUGCUAUCAAGAAGAGGGUUUGAAGAUGUAGCUACCAUAAUUUACCUUAUCUUUGCUGUUCAGAAACAACUUGCUGUUUUUUUUUUUGUUUAUUGCCAAAAGGCUCUUGCUCUGGGGUGCUGGUAACUGCCGAUGUACUGCUGACAACUUGUGGCAUCAAUAAAACAAGUGAAAUAAUC